AUGUAACAUAUCAAAAAAUAGUCUUCAUUUUUAUCUAAAAAAUCCUAGUUUUUAUUAUUAAAUUUUGGGAUAGAAUUAUUAAAAAUAUAAUUUUCUAAAUUAAUAUUGAGAAUAAUUAUAUCAUUAAAUAAAUAUUUUAUUGAUUUCAUAUAUUUUAAUACCUCUUUAAUUAGUUUUAAAUAUUAAACUUAAAUCCCACACAUUUUUUACUAGGAAUUCAUUAAUUUUCAAUCAUAUUAAAUUUAAAAAAAAACAAGAAUGAUAUAAUAGAAAAAAUAUUUUAAUAAUAUGAAAGAUCUUUUGAUUUCUGAGCUUCCAUCUCUUACUGACAUCAGUAUUGAUCUAAGGAAAAACAAAAUUUAUUUCUCUUAACGUUUGCAUUCACCUCUUUCAAAAUGUACUAAUCUCACAAGUUUAUCUCUCAAUUUAGAUGAUAAUGAUAUUGUUGAUAAAGAAGCCAAGAAUUUAGGAAUUAUCUUAAAUAAUUGCAGUAAUCUUACGAAUUUAAUUCUUAGCCUCAAGAGUAAUCAAAUAACAAAAAAAGGUUUAUCGUGCUUAAUUUAAUCAUUAGCAAAAUGUAGUAAUCUGACUAGCUUAAAACUUUACCUCUAAAAGAAUUAAAUUAGCGGAUUCUCUAUAGAAGGUCUAAAUUCUGAUUUAGAUUUUAUGAAUCUUUCAACGCUAACAAUUAGCCUCUUUUAAAAUCAAAUUGGUGAUAGCGAAAUAUCAAGUUUAGGUUCUUUUUUAGUAAAAUGUGCCAAAUUAUAAAAUUUAACACUAGAUAUUCAUACAGAUUAAAAUAUUCCUUCUAUUCAGUAAACUGGUGCUUAAUUGUUAGGCUCUUGCAUAGAAAAUUGCACUAACCUCUAAAGUCUUUCAAUCAAUUUCAAAAAUAACUUAAUAGGUCAAGAAGGUGGCUUAUAUUUUGGAAAUAGUUUAGCAAAAUGUACUAAACUCUAAAAUUUAUCACUAGAUUUUACAUUUAAUAAAAUUGGUGCCAAGGGUGCAUCAGGUCUCAGUUGUGCUUUAUAGAAACUGUCAAAUCUUGAAUAUUUAACUCUAAUCCUCAAGAGUAAUAGUAUAAAUAAAUACAGUAUCUAAUCUUUAUGCUCUGGUUUUUCAAACUGCUCAAAACUCUUGAGUUUGUCACUCAGUCUUGAUUCAAAUGACAUAUGUGAUAAAGGUGUAUUUACUUUAGGUCUUGCUUUAGAAAAUUUAACUAAACUGUAAUAUCUAAGCUUAAACCUUAGUUCUUGUGAGAUUGAAGGUAUAGGUUUUGUAUACUUAGGUAAUAGUAUAAAAAAAUGUGGUUCUAACCUACUUUAGUUGUCACUUAAUUUUUCCAAAUGUAAAAUUGAUGAAUAAGCUUAACUAAGUUUAAAUUCUGCCAUAGCCAACUGUAAUAAACUCUUCUCUUUGACACUCAUCAUUUACAAUUUUAAAAGUUAAAAUGUUCAGAUAUUAGAUUUGGUCUCUGUAAUGGAAAGCUGCAUUUUUCUUAAAAACUUAACCUUGCAAAUUAGUGUACCAUUUCAGAUUUUCAGGCUUGUGAAAAAAAAGGUAUUAAAGCUAAAGAGAUUAAUAAAUAGAAAUCUGUAUAAUAAAGAUUGA